AGGCUGCUGGGGCGAUAGAGGCGGGGGCCGGGAGGAGGAAGGGGAGGAGGCGGGAGCGGUGGCGGCGGCGGCGGAGGAGGCGGCAGCGGUGGAGGGUAGGUUGCGCCCCGGACUGUGUCUGCCGAGCUCCACGGCUGUGCCUGUGUGAGUGGAGGAGCGGCGCUGGGAGGCAGAGGCGGGCACGGGCGAGCACGGCGGCGGGACGUCUCUGGCGGCCGCGGAUCAGCGGCAGCGGUCGGUGUGGGGAAGCAGCGGCAGUAACAGCGGCAGCAGCAGCAGCGGCGUCCGCCUCUCAGCCGCCGGGGACGCUGAGGCGCGGCUGGUGGCAUUGACAUCGGCGGCCCUGCCUCUCUCUCUCGCCCCCGGCCCUCCCCAUGUGAUCGGUCUUAAUCCCGGCAGUGUGCGCGCGUGGGGAUCCAUUCCGCUGUGCCUGAUCUCCGUGCCAGGGUGGGUGCUCGUGUGUGCGCUUCCCCUCCCCAUCCCCCUUCCCCCAAGAAUAAAAGAAGAACCGAGAGGCGUGCUUUGAAAAUAAAUAAAUAACCACCACACACGCGCAGCCCGGAGCAGAGUCGGAGGGGCUGGCGGCGGUGGAGGAGGAGUGAAGGCGGCGGCGGCGGAGGAGGAGGGACGCGCGGAGAAGGCAGUAACUUUAAAGCCAGCUCAGAGCCCAGACCUCCAGCCAAGCGGUUUGCAGCGCGGCGGCGGCGGCGGCGUUGAGUGUUGGCCCGCCAGUCCGGUCGGGGUGUGCAGUAGGACGGACGAGCAGCGCGUCGCUGUCCCCCGGCGGCUGGAGAUGUCCGAGCCCAAGGCAAUUGAUCCCAAGUUGUCGACGACCGACAGGGUGGUGAAAGCUGUCCCAUUUCCUCCAAGUCACCGGCUUACGGCCAAAGAAGUGUUUGAUAACGAUGGGAAACCUCGUGUGGAUAUCUUAAAGGCACAUCUCAUGAAGGAGGGAAGGCUGGAAGAGAAUGUUGCAUUGAGAAUAAUAACAGAGGGGGCUUCAAUUCUUCGACAGGAAAAGAAUUUGCUGGAUAUUGAUGCACCAGUCACAGUUUGUGGGGACAUCCAUGGACAAUUCUUUGACUUGAUGAAACUCUUUGAAGUGGGGGGAUCUCCUGCCAACACUCGCUACCUCUUCUUAGGGGACUAUGUUGACAGAGGGUACUUCAGUAUCGAAUGUGUGCUGUACUUGUGGGCUUUGAAAAUUCUUUACCCCAAAACACUGUUUUUACUUCGUGGAAAUCAUGAAUGUAGACAUCUAACAGAGUAUUUCACAUUUAAACAAGAAUGUAAAAUUAAGUAUUCAGAACACGUAUAUGAUGCCUGCAUGGAUGCCUUUGACUGCCUCCCACUGGCUGCCCUGAUGAACCAGCAGUUCCUGUGUGUCCACGGUGGUUUGUCUCCAGAGAUUAACACUUUAGAUGAUAUCAGAAAAUUAGACCGAUUCAAGGAACCACCUGCUUAUGGACCUAUGUGUGACAUCCUGUGGUCAGACCCCCUGGAGGAUUUUGGAAAUGAGAAGACUCAGGAACAUUUCACUCACAACACAGUCAGGGGGUGUUCAUACUUCUACAGUUACCCGGCUGUAUGUGAAUUCUUACAGCACAAUAACUUGUUAUCUAUACUCCGAGCCCAUGAAGCCCAAGAUGCAGGGUACCGCAUGUACAGGAAAAGCCAAACAACAGGCUUCCCUUCUCUAAUUACAAUUUUUUCAGCACCAAAUUACUUAGAUGUAUACAAUAACAAAGCUGCAGUAUUGAAAUAUGAGAACAAUGUCAUGAAUAUCAGGCAAUUCAACUGUUCUCCUCAUCCAUACUGGCUUCCAAACUUCAUGGAUGUUUUCACCUGGUCCCUGCCAUUUGUUGGGGAGAAAGUGACUGAGAUGCUGGUGAAUGUCCUCAAUAUUUGCUCAGAUGAUGAACUAGGGUCAGAAGAAGAUGGAUUUGAUGGAGCAACAGCCGCAGCCCGGAAGGAGGUGAUAAGGAACAAGAUUCGGGCGAUCGGCAAGAUGGCCAGAGUGUUCUCGGUUCUCAGAGAAGAGAGUGAGAGUGUGCUGACGCUGAAAGGCCUGACGCCCACAGGCAUGCUCCCCAGCGGAGUGCUUUCUGGAGGGAAGCAAACCCUGCAAAGCGCUACUGUUGAGGCUAUUGAGGCUGAUGAAGCUAUCAAAGGAUUUUCACCACAACAUAAGAUCACUAGCUUCGAGGAGGCCAAGGGCUUAGACCGAAUUAACGAGAGGAUGCCACCUCGCAGAGAUGCCAUGCCCUCCGACGCCAACCUUAACUCCAUCAACAAGGCUCUCGCCUCAGAGACUAACGGCACAGACAGCAAUGGCAGUAAUAGCAGCAAUAUCCAGUGACCACUUCCUGUUCACUUUUUUUUUCUUUUCUUUUUUUUUUUUUUUUUUUUUUUUUUGUUGAGCUGCAGGGCAUGAUGGGGAUGGCUGCAUAUCAGCAGUUGGAUGUUCUUGCCUCUGAUGGUAGCUUACUUGCUCUGGGGCCAGGAGUUGGAUUCAGUUUACACUAUCAUUAAAAAAGAGGGAGAGAGAUACUAAACUAUAUUUUGGUGGGGGUGGUGAUUAAACACCUCUUUGGGGUAUGCCUUUUAAAAAAUGCUUAUAGGAAAAAAAAAAUUUUUAAAGAAAGCUCAUGCUAGUCUAUACUGCAAUGUUAGGGGAAUGAACAUGUUUUCCUACUGCAUUGGGGACUUCUAGAUAGGUUAAUGAAAGGUCUUUUAUUAUGUUACUGGACACGAAAACUUUGUCUAAUUUCUUACUCUAUUGUACGUUUACAGUCGCAGCACUAAAAAUGGAUGACAUCAAACAUUUUUAACAAAAUGAUGUACAAACUAAAUAAGGACUAUUUAUUGAUAAUGUUUUGCUACUCUUGUCAGACAAUGGCUAUAAAAUGAAUUAGGCAGUCUUAAAAAAAAAAAAAAAGCAGAAAAAGAAAAAAAAAAAAAAAAGAAUGUUGCAAAUUUGUUCAAUGCCAAAAAGGACAGUUUAAUUUUGUACAGAUUAUGCUUACCUCAGGUUUCUUUAGUGUGCUUGAAUGCCCUUCUUCCCAUAUAACACGUAUCUUAUUACUUUGGCAAUGAGUACCUUUUCUUUAAGUUUUAAAAAACUGGAAUAAUUACAUCUAUCUUAUUUUUGCUGUUUAUAUUUAGGGGUUUUUGUUGAUAAAUCAAGUCUUGGUUGUGGCUUGCUGAAUUAAAUAUUUAUGAGUGGUGCAUUUUUAAGUAUAGUAAACAAGACACCAUAUUAAGUACAGUGAUAAAGCAUCUAUAUUCUGUAAAAAAAAAAAAAAAUCUGCCUAUGCAUGUUUUUUAAGAAAAAAAAAAAAAAUGGCUGUUUCGGCCUCUAUGGGACUGUAAUGCGCUUAGUGGUCUGACAUAUACUGGAAAUGUAUGUAUACUGGCGUCCUUUAUAUUCUCUGAAAUGCUUAAUGCCUUUGAAAUUUUGUAAUCAAAAAAAAGCUUUGAAAAAAUCUAAAGGGGAGAGUAUUCUUAAACGUUUUUAACAUAAGCUUGUCAGUACACACAUAGAUGGUUAGCAUGUUUAGCAAACCUUGUGAAAUUUAAAUAAGUUUGUAGUUACAUGUGAAACUCUAAAUGCAUGGUAACUGUUAAUGUCAUUAACGGUUUAGUUCUUUUGUUCCGUUCUGUCAUGUGCCACCAAAUACGUUCUUUUUUCACCUUUUUUCCCUUUGUAUAUCAGUUACGGGUUACAACUGGUUCAUUCUGAAAACAACAACAAAAAUCCAUUCAUAUUUUUUAACAAUUGUAUAAGUGCCCAAGUAAUUCACUACAGCCUAAAGCCUUGCCUUUGUAAUUUGACUUCUGAAAUGUUGGCAAUCAAAGCAUGCACUUGUAACAAUAACAAAGAAAACAAAAGCAUUUUAUAUUACUACUCAAUAAAAUGUGCAUGAACUUAAAAGAACGCUCAUCGUUUCCCUGAGUCUGCUAAAGGGAUUUCUGGGCACAACCACCAUGCCACCUUCCGGAUGCUGGGCCCACCACCACGCAUCACAGAUUUACUUUAACUGGCUUCUCUGAGGGCCUCGUGAUCCAAGGUGUGGCGCCUACUUUGGCUGUAAGAAUCCUGGUGGAUUUGUGUCUCAAAUCAGACAAGAGAAUCAUAUUCAAAGAGCAAAUGCCACCUUCCGGCUCCCUCGAAUGUGGGAGCCAGUUAAGACACCAGAGCAUUCCUUUGUAUUGAAAAAAAAUAUUGUAAUCAGGUUGUUUCAGUUGUAUUGGAUGCCCUAUCUGCUAAAUCAAAAGGAACUAAGCUGCUAAGUGCAUUUUCGUUCCAGAAGAGAGUUGCAUUUGUAUCGAUAACAAAAUUUGUAUACCGGCGCUUCAGCUAAUAUCUAAUCACCUGGAGAUUUCCCAUACACCAAAUUUCAGUUUGUUUCUGACAUCGUUCAUUUUCAGUGCACUUUGUUUUAUGUAAUAAAAUAUGCCUGUUAUAUUAAAUAAUAAGAAAAUGGCAAUUAGCGAUAUAGGGUACCAAAACAAACAUGUUCUAGAUAUAUUCUCUGACAAAGACUAUCCCACAUUUAUUUUGAUGAAUUCAAACAUUUUUUGUCCUGUGGAUAUUCUUCCAUCCUUAAAAAAAAAAAAAAGUGACACCCAAGGAAACUAUUUAGAUGCAACUUAUUACACUGAUAUGAAAGAAAUGGUAAUUCUGGUACCAAGGUGUUUAUUUUCUUUCUUACAACUGCAGAGAAAAUAUCCUGACAAAAAAAAUAAAUAAAUCUUUUUUUUUUUUGGAUUCCUUUCUUUUGCAAAUUGUGCUGAGGCAACUAUGACAUAGAAAUAAACAUUUGACAUUAAAA